AUGGCACUUCAAGAGGUCACAAAGGCCUUCUUGAGGCGGUGCCAGGCCUCGCGCAAACCCGUCAACUUGGCCUGGACGCAGCAAUGCCGGCGAUACGCCUCGACGGGCUCUUCCCAGGAGACGCAGUCCAUGGAGACCACCGACUUCCUCCAGGACGAGACGGUAUCGGAGCGCGAGUUUGACCCAGUCGCCAAAGCGCGUAAACGAGAGAAGCAGCUCCCAUCCAGCAGAUACCAAUUCCGCCCUCCCCGUUACUACCGCGGCCCCCUACACCCCCAUCAACCCCCGCGCCCCUCCGACCCCUCCUCCCGCCUCUUCGUCCCCGGCCCCUUCUCCCUCCCCCGCCUCGAACAGACCUACCGCUCCACCAUCGAGCCCGACCUCAUGACCAUGACCUACACCCACUUCCCGCCCGGCUUCGUCGCACCGAAAAAAGGCGAGCGUUUGCGCAGCUGGGUUGGCGAUAACCCGUACUUCAAGAACCGUCCUCGUCGGGGGCCUAGGGGUGGGCAGGUGUUGAGAUUGUUGAGGAACCCUAUCACGUUCCGCAAUGUGCCGAAGCUGGAGCGCGUCACGGUGCACACAAUGGUGAAGGGUGCUAUUGACGAUAGCGCGCAUUUGCAUAUCGCUGGGAUGGUCAUGCAGGCGAUCACGGGUGUGCGCGCGACGGCUCACAAGACCGUGACGAAUGUGCAGGGCUUUGGGGUGAGGGCGGGGCAGUACUUGAGUGUGACGUGCGACUUGGAAGGCGAAGCCAUGUACCAUUUCUUGAGCAAGACGGUGGAUGUGGUGAUGCCGAAGAUGAAAGAUUUUAAGGGCGUGAAGGGAAGCACUGGCGACAACUCAGGCAAUCUGGCGUUUGGGCUGUCGAAUGAGGAGGUUGCGUUGUUUCCAGAGGUGGAGGUGAAUUAUGAUAUGUGA